UGAGAAUAGGUGGUAGCAAUGAUACUAGUGUUGAACUUGUCAAUAAAGAAUUCCCACCUUCCACAUACCUCCCAUGUUACUUCACAUUAACACAAUCCCAAAACCAAAAGCCUUCUUACUUAGUCAACUACUUUCCUUCAUCAAGUUAUACCUUUGAUCUUUGCUCCAACUCUGCACUUUCCACAACACAACACAGGGAGAGAGAGAGAGAGAGAUGGGAACACCUCCCAAAUACACUUCCUUGUUCCUCACCCUCUUGAGCUUCUUCUUACGUGUCCAUUCACAAACAUCAGAUUCAUGCACCACUCCUCUCACCCUCCAAACUCCCCUUCCCUUUGACACAACUUCUCUCCACUGUGUCAGUGUAUGGCCUUCUCAAGGCUUCAUCCUCAGAUAUGUGCAGGGUGCCCCAAAUGUGUGGAACUUCUUGCUCUCAGCUCCCAACAAAAAUGCAUACAUUGCCAUUGGAUUCUCACCCAAUGGCCACAUGGUUGGCUCAAGUGCCUUAGUUGGCUGGGUGGGAGCUGAUGCCCUUUCUGUCUUGCAAAAAUACUACUUAGGUGGUCAAUCACCUAAUCUUGUCACACUUGAGUCCCCUGAUCAAGGCUUGUCCAUAAGGAAUUCAUCCAUCUUUCCCCAAUCAAACCAACUCUACAUGGCUUUCCAGUUGAUCACUGACACCACACCCGUCCCCCGUCUCAUAUACUCUGUGGGCCCUGCCGGACGACUCCCCUCGGCCCCUGCCUACCAACUCACUCAACACAGCGACCAGAUCUCCACUGUCCUCAACUAUGCUACAGGUCAAUUUCAGACAGAUAAUAGUAAGCCAGAGGCAAGUCUUAGGAGAAGCCAUGGGGUGUUGAGCAUGUUAGGUUGGGCCAUUUUGAUGCCGAUUGGCGCGAUGGUGGCUCGCUACAUGAGGCAAUGGGAUCCCAUUUGGUUCUAUUCCCACGUCGCCCUUCAGUCGUUUGCAUUCGUUAUGGGCUUGUCGGGGGUUAUAUGCGGUCUUGUCCUGGAAAAUCGCCUCAAUGCUUCUGUCGACAAGCACAAAAGCCUAGGCAUUGUCAUCCUCGUACUUGGCUGCCUCCAGGUGAUUGCGUUGUUGGGUCGUCCAGACAAGGCAUCGAAGGUGAGAAAGUAUUGGAAUUGGUAUCAUUUCGGGGUGGGGAGGGCUCUCAUCUUCCUGGCUGUGGUGAAUGUAUUCUACGGGAUCCAUUUGGGAGGCGGCGGGUCGAGUUGGAAUGCGGGUUUUGCUGUUGCUCUUGCUGUCCUGUUUGUCAUCUCUCUCAUUUUAGAGCUCCGGAUGUGCUUGAGGAAAUGAUCUCUUUUUUUUAAUUACUUGGAGUGCUUAAAUUUUCCUUUGUUAUAUUAUUACUAUCAUUAUUGUAUUUUAUUUAGAUGAUCAUUGAAUAUUUUGUAAUUAUUUUCGUCUUUGUAUUUGUCGACUUUUUUUAUUUUUUUCCGAGUAUUAUAUUGUUAAAAGACGUUUAUUAUGAACAAUUUAUGUAAUAAAUAGGAGAGUAAACUGUCGCACACUUGUACCUCUACAAACGGCAU